CUCCGCCAGUGGAGCGCCGGUUUGUGGAGUGAACCGCUUUCCUCGUGUGUGAAAGUGAAGGGAUAGUUUACAGUGAACUGUGUUAUUAACGCAGUGAUGACGGUUUAACUGCGGUACGGCCGAAGACUCAUUUAUCUCCAAACGACGGUCUGAAAACUGACGAUACAAACCGCCGAGCAGGCUGAAUAUGUGGCCACAGAGCGAAACGAGCCGGGCAGCGAAGUGAAGGUUUAUCUUCAUUUGGAGCUUUCCAUCCUUAACUCAUUUGCCUUCUUACAACAUGAACGCCUUCAGAUCAGGAGAGGAGAUGUUGAGGUGGACCAUCUUCUUUGGCAGGUUUAGCUCAGUGUGGAAAAAUCCUGGUCCUCUUUCACGGACCAGGGCUGCUGUUCUCAGCUGUAGGAACUGUGCAGGACCCUCUCUGUGGUCGAGGAGAACAUUGCAGGAACCUAACUGGACACAUAACACCAGGUAUUUGUGUCAAGGAGAGACCCACAGACCCAGUGUUGAAGAACAGCAGGAUAAAUCUCUCUGCGUCCAGCCUCCCGACGCUGCGUCCAGAGGGAGCAGAGACCUCUCCGAUAUGACGGAGGUGAGGGUCCCGUUCUACAGAAAGCUGCAGGGGUGCCUGUCGCCCUCAGACGUUUUGGAUCUAGUGGACAGGACCACACUGACCCACAGGCACAUCAGCAACAGCUUGACGCGCAUGUGGGAGACCACCAAGAAGAUGUCGGAAGAGCAGAGGCGCUGUGAGCUCAGGCUGAUGUUGGAGCACCCGGGGUUCGAGGGUCUGUGCCACAGGGCCAGGAUAGACGCCCCCCGCAUGCACAGCGACGACCUGGCCUACACCCUGCUGGCUGUGGUCAAGCUGGGCGUUUCCCAAAGCAGCCUCGUGGUGCAGACCUUGCUGCGGGUCAUACAGGAGCGACUGAAUCAGUUCGAUGACAAGUCCCUCUCCAUAUUGUCCACCUGCCUUGAAGAGAUGAAAAGCAGCAAAAAUGCUGAGGCGCUUAAACAGGGUUUAAAGCUUAUACUGGAGGACCGAAUACCUCAGAUCCAGAACGUGAUGCUUCUACAGACGAUGAUGCGCUUGUUGGGGGAAGAUACUUCACCAGCCGUAAAGAAGAAACUAGAGAUGAAGGCGCUGUCCAUGGCAGAGGAGUUCACUCUUCCCAAUGCUCAGUACAUGCUGACUACCUUGGCUGCCAUGCAUCUAAAUUCCAAACCACUUCUGGACCUGUGCAGCAAGAAGAUAGCUGAAAAUGUGCACAGCGUCCCCUUUACCCGGCUGCUGGGGGUGCUGAAAUCCUGUCGUGAGCUCCGCUACAGGAACUAUUCUCUCUUCUCAUCCAUCUCUGACUAUGUGGCCAACACAUUCACCAUGUGGAGCAACAAACAGUUGAUAUUCUUCCUGUUGGAGUUUGAGGGGCUUCGGUUUUGCCCGGUCGCCUUGAUGGACGCGUUUGCGGAGAGAGUGAUCGGAAAACCGGACAGCCUCACGCUCAAAGACCUCCUCAGCAUUCUGAAGUCGUACUCCUCCCUCAAUCACGAUCUGAAAGAAAAUCGGCAACAGUUUUUGGAUAGCGUUACACGCGUCCUGGAGUCCUAUCUCACCAGAAUGUCCAGUGCUGAUCUGCUGAAGGCCAUCAGCUGUUUAUGUGUGAUGGAGCAUUUUCCUCAGGCUCCUCUGGAGAAGCUGCUUCAAAAGGACCGCCUAGAUGAGCUGCUACCAAGAGGCAGUCCGCUGUAUAAAGGUGUUGAGCUGAAGCUACACACACUGGACCUGUGUUUGCGGCUGGACAGACCUCUUCUUCCUCCCACCGUCUCACCCAUUCCGGACCUCCACCACCUCCUCCCUCCAUACGAGCUCCCUGUAAACCCUGGACUUCUCAGUGCUCUGAAGGAUGUGGUUGGGGAAACUGAUGUGAGGGACACUGUUGUUGAAGAGAGGGUCUAUUUUAUUGACUGUGUGAUCACUUUGUCUCCAGAAGCCAAAAAUGUCCGUCGUUCUCCUGAAGAGCACUCUGACACUCCUCAGGAACCCCGGAGGAUUGCAGUGCUCUGUGCCCCUCCGUCCUCUUUUUGCUUUGGUACAACCCACCCUCGCAGCAGACUGGCGAUGAAAAUGCGUCACCUCAGAAAACUGGGUUAUGAAACUGUUCUGGUGCCAGUCCAUGAGUUUGACUCCCUGACCAACCAGGAGAGGACUGAGGCGCUGAAAAGGUUUAUUUUUCCUGAAGGAGAAAGUUCUAAAAUAGAGGAAGAAGUGUGAAGACUGUGAGGACUGAAGUGAACUUGAUAAGCUCUCCGUUACUGUGUUGAGC